GCGCCGGCCCGGCGCUGCUCUCCGCUCGCUCCGCUCGUGCCGCAGCUCUGUGCUGUUCACCAGCGCCGUGUUUAGCAUCGGCCUGAUGACGUCAGCCGAGUUCAACUUCGUGCUGCCGUACGCCGCCGCCGGGCGGCCGCAGCCGACGUUUGUGCUUGUGCUGGCGGCCGCCGUGGCGCUAGCGUCGCGGUUGCCCGUGCGCGCCUUGCACCGGCCGCUGAUGAUCCGGCUCGGCUUCGUCGGCACCGUGGUACUGGCGUUCUCAGCGCUGACCGUCAGAUGUCUCUGUUACCUGGGCCUGCCGGCCGCCUGGGGGCUGCUUCCGGCCCAGCCGUUGGUGGGGCUGACCGAGACCCUGCUGUGGUGCGCCGUCCACGUGUUCGUCGAUAAGACGGCCCACCACGGUCAGGAGCGGGCCACACUCCGGGUGCUGGACGGCCUGUACACGGCCGGGCGCACGCUCCCGAUGACGUCAGCAUGUCAGUGA